UAUGUUUAAAUAACAUCAGGAGUUUGCUAAAGUUAUUGUCAAUGAUUUUUUGGGAGGACCUAAAAUAAUCAAAUAAUGCCAUAUAAUCAAUGCUUAAAAAGGAUUAACAGCUUUUUUUGUAGUUUUCCUCAUUUGGUGGUAUUAAAACUUUUCUUUAGGUGCUUAUCUUUACGUAUAACCAAAUUUUAUUUGAUAGUUGGCGUUACAUGGUAGUUAUGGAAUUAUUUGGGUCGUUAAAGAUUUUACAUUUCCAGAUCGAACUUUUCAGAAUAAAAUUACAAUUGGAUCAUUAAUAUUUACAUCCAUACUAUUAUUAUUAUAUUGGUUUAUUGCUUGGUUAUAAAUAUCAGAGGGAAUUCCAAAUCCAAGUAACGCACGAGUAGUUACUGCUAUUUUUGCUUAUGUUUUUGGAGUAGUAUUAAUGAUAGUAAGUGAUUGCCAAAAAUACUACACAUUAAAAUAUAAAUAAGGCUUAAUUACAGAAGGAAUGUUUAAAUACAAUAGGAAUCCUAAUUAUACAGGAGAAAUGUUAUUAUAUGCAUCAUUUGCAAUCCUUAGUGGAAAUUGGUUAGCUUAUUCAAUACUAUUUACAGUCUGGAUAGUUGGAUUCUAUGGUUUUAUGGUAAAUAAAGAUAUUUCUUUUGCCAAAAAGUAAGGAUGGAACGAAUAUAAAAAGUAAUCUUAUUUAUUCUUAUGGAAAAUUCAUUCAAAUGAUAUAAUAAAUUAUGGAUUAUAUGGAGCAUUAGUUGCCUAUUUGAUAUGGGAUUACUAAGUAAGUGGAGCCAUUACAUUAUUAAGAAAAUGAGU